AUGAACAACGACAUUACUCCCGCGGCCGAGCCCGCCAACAAGAAAAAGGACACUCCCCAAACAGACAACAACAUCCUCUCCGACAACACCCCCCAAGACUCAGACUCAACCAGCGAAAAAAUGAUCGGCGAAGUAACCGAAUUCGAAAAACGCAAAAUCCUCGACGGAAAAGCAAAGUUCAACCGCUUAGGCUGGAAGCGCCUAACAAUCGUGCUCAUCGUCCAAGCCGUCGCCCUGGGAUCCCUUUCCAUCCCUGGCGCUUUUGCUACGCUGGGCAUGGUUGCUGGUGUGAUUUGUUCAGUGGGGAUUGGCCUGAUUGCUAUUUACACUUCGUACAUUGUUGGCCAGGUCAAGGUCAAAUAUCCGCAUGUAGAGCAUUAUCCUGCGGCCGGUGGUCUCAUGUUUGGACGAUGGGGUGCCGAGAUCUUUGGAGGCAUGGUUACGGUUCAGCUUCUGCUGCUUACUGCUUCGCAUUGUCUCACAGGCACAAUUGCGUUUUCGACCCUCACAGAGAGCAACAUCUGCAGUCUUGUCUGGGGCGUCGUCUCUGCCGUGCUCCUUCUCAUCCUCGCGAUACCGCCCAGUUUUGCAGAGGUUGCUAUUCUCGGCUACAUUGACUUUGUGUCCAUUAUUGCUGCUAUCGGAAUCACCAUCAUCGCGACAGGCAUCAAAGCUGGAGAAUCACCCGAACCAACGAAUUGGUCAGCUUGGCCCAAGGAGGACAUCACUUUCGCGCAGGCAUUCAUUGCGAUUUGCAAUAUCUUCUUCGCGUACAGUUUCUCUAUUUCACAGUUCAGUUUUAUGGACGAAAUGCAUACGCCUACCGACUACAUGAAAGCCAUCUGGACGCUUGGCGGUUUAGAAAUCUUCAUCUAUACCCUUACAGGCGCUCUCAUUUACUCCUUCGUUGGAGUAGACGUAAAGUCGCCUGCCCUGUUAUCCGCAGGACCUCUCGUCGCAAAGGUAGCCUUCGGCGUCGCUUUACCUGUUAUUUUCAUCAGCGGGUCUAUCAACACGACCGUUGCUGUGCGGUACAUCCAUGGACGUGUCCAUGAGAAUUCGAUCGCCAAGUAUAUCAAUACUCCCAAGGGAUGGAUCUCUUGGUUGGUGUUGAUCAGCAUUUUUACAUGGGUUGGCUUUGUCAUUGCUGAGGCUAUUCCCUUCUUCAGCGACUUGAUUGCUAUUACGUCCAGUUUGCUGAAUUCUGGAUUCACGCUUUACUGGCCUGCGACUAUGUGGUUCAUGCUCCUCAAGAAAGGAAAAUGGUACAGCCGCAAAAACCUCCCUAUUGCGAUCGUCAACAUCAUUAUUUUUAUGCUUGGUCUUGUCUUUUUGGUCGCAGGAACCUACUCCUCGGUCGUCGAUAUUAUGGAUCAGUACGACCACGGAACUGUCAAGAGUCCAUUUACUUGUGCUCCUCUUGGCUAA